AAUAUGUCCAACGAGUGGCGUAGAUCCGGGGAUUGACCCUGCAUCAAGGAUACACAAUAUAUUCACUUAGUUAAUUGAAGACUUUACCAUUCUCGAUGUAGCGGGAACACUCACUCGUACCAACAGAUACUGUCACAUCCCAGCAGAGCACCUUCUACUUCUAGUGGACCAUGAACUAGAUCAGAAUCAUUAUAAAGGAGUCUAUAAGAAGUGAUACCAUCAUUUUUUUCAUUAGGUCCGGUUAGAGACCAAAGGUUUUGGGUCUUUUAUCAUAGAUUUCUUUAAUAAAAAUCAUCCGUAUUGAAAAAUUUGUUAGAAGUAAUAAAUUUGGUUGAAAUUGUUUUUGAUUCUAUGUAAUUUGUGCUAUUUGUUAGGUUGCUUAAACUGCCUCCCAUCUUCUACUUUCCUUUUUCAUAUUUGGUAGAUGCCACACUUAUGACAUAAUUGCAUGUUGACACUGCCUUUUUUAAUGGUUGACCUUUCUGGAUUUAUUAAUGCCAGACUCUUCUUCACAAAAUCAUAUCAUGACAAAAUGAUAUCAUCAUGAAGAAGGCCAUUAGAUCAUAUGAGGUUUUGUGCUCUAAGCAUUGCAUGGUUGCAUUGCUAAUUUACUCAGAAGUCUCUUUUCAGUCGUAAAGAUCAUCUAAAUAUUUUUAUCUCUUUUUUGCUUUGAAAAGUAUCUUGAAAGGUUUUUAAACUAUGGUUGCAAUUGCAUCGUGAUUCUUAAUAGUUCCUUGCUGUGUAUCAUUUGCGUUACUUUAACUGCAGAUUUAUGCAUAUUCACGGCAACAGGGAGAAGUUUGGCGCUGAUUUUUUUUUUUUUUGUGUGGACCUGCCUAUUGUAGAUUUAAUGCCUCUUGCCACGUAGGCCUUCUCUAUGUAUCAAAAGCAUCAGAAUAUCUUGCUAUAACUGGUGCCGGAAUCGACGACAUAAAACUCCAAAAGAAAGCAUGGAUUUUCCCCGGUCAAUCAUGCACGGUCUUCGACCUUUCACCGGUGAACUAUACCUUCGAAGUUCAAGCCAUGAGUGCCGAAAAACUCCCUUUCGUUCUCCCUGCUGUCUUCACUAUCGGUCCUCGUGUUGACGAUCAGGAAAGCCUCCUCAAAUACGCCAAACUUAUUUCACCCCAUGAUAGACACUCCAAUCAUGUUAAUGAACUUGUUCAAGGAAUCAUUGAAGGUGAGACACGUGUCCUAGCUGCCUCCAUGACUAUGGAGGAGGUUUUCAGAGGAACAAAACAGUUUAAACAAGAAGUAUUUGAUAAAGUUCAACUUGAGUUGAAUCAAUUCGGGUUAUUGAUUUAUAAUGCGAAUGUUAAGCAAUUGGUGGAUGUGCCUGGUCACGAGUAUUUCUCAUAUCUGGGACAAAAGACGCAGAUGGAAGCAGCGAAUCAAGCUAAGGUUGAUGUGGCAGAAGCUAAGAUGAAAGGUGAAAUUGGUUCGAAAUUGAGGGUAGGACAAACGCUGCAGAAUGCAGCAAAAAUUGAUGCAGAGACGAAGGUUAUAGCGAUGCAAAGGGCAGGAGAAAGUGAGAAGCAGGGAAUUAAAGUGAGAACUGAAGUGAAAGUAUUUGAGAAUCAGAGAGAGGCUGAAGUGGCUGAGGCUAAUUCGGAGUUGGCCAAAAAGAAGGCUGCUUGGACCAAGGCGGCUCAGGUGGCUGAAGUUGAGGCGAAGAAGGCUGUGGCUCUAAGGGAAGCUGAGUUGCAAGGUGAGGUUGAGAAGAUGAAUGCUUUGACUACAACUGAGAAGCUUAAAGCUGAUUUACUUAGCAAAGCUAGUGUUCAAUAUGAAACUAAGGUACAAGAGGCUAACUGGGAAUUAUACAAGAAACAAAAGGAGGCAGAAGCAAUUCUGUUUGAGAAGAAGGCAGAGGCAGAAGCACAAAAAGCAUUGGCAGAUUCCACAUUUUAUGCUCGCAAGCAAGAAGCUGAAGCAGAGCUGUACGCAAAGAAAAAAGAGGCAGAGGGGAUUGUGACACUUGGGAAUGCUCAAGGAGCGUAUGUAAGUACACUUCUGAAUGCACUUGGAAACAACUAUACAGCAGUAAGGGAUUACUUGAUGAUAAAUGGUGGCAUGUUUCAAGAGAUUGCUAAGAUUAAUGCUGAGGCGGUACGCGGACUUGAGCCUAAGAUUAGUAUUUGGACUAAUGGUGGUGAUAAUAGUGGGGGUGAAGGUGCGAUGAAAGAAGUUGCUGGUGUGUACAAGAUGUUGCCACCUCUGUUUAAGACUGUCCAUGAGCAAACAGGCAUGUUGCCUCCUGCUUGGAUGGGAUCCUUAUCUGACAAAAGCUCUUAAGUCUUAAUUAGGAGAUGCAAGUAUUAGGUUUACAGUAGUAGUAUCUUUUAUUUUGGUAAUUUAACAGUAGUACCUUUUAUCAUGUGAUACAUGUCUGAGAUUCACUAGUCUUUUCUAGUUUUGAAGUUCAAAGUUUUAUUUAUAUGCUAA